AUGUCGUCCAAACCUCCCUACCAGCUCCCCUUGGAUGAGAUCCUUGAGGUGGAUCCACGAAAUCUUUCUGGAAAAGUGAGCUUUGAUUGGAAGCUACCCAAGGGGCAUGGUGGAUUUGGUGAUGUCUACCAGGGUACUUAUCGUGAAAGUCAGUCAUCCCGCGAUGAACGCGCCUGCGUCAAAGUCUUGAAGGUUGUUCCCAUCUUCGAGCAAAAACAGUUCAUAAAGAGCCUUCGACGAAUGAAGCGUGAAAUAAAGAUCUGGUGCAAUCUAAGUCACCCGAACAUCGUCGAAUUCCAUGGGUGGAUGUUAGAGACAAAUGACGGUAUCAUUCAUGAGACCGCCAAGUUGUGCGAUUUCGGACUGUCCUCCAUCCUUGAUGAUAUUACUACAUACGCGCAGUCGACGAGCACCCAGGGAACGAUUCGCUUUGUAUCCCCUGAGUUAUUGGGCGGUACUUCGGAGGGACGCAACAAAAUGAGCGAUGUAUGGGCAUUUGGAUGGUCCACUUAUGUUCUGGAGCAGAUUCUUCACGACAAGCCUCCGUAUGCCUGGGUGCGUUCCGAAUUCGGAAUCCCAAUGGUUGCUCUCUCGGCACUUCCAUAUAGGCUUGAUGAUCCAGACGCUGUCUCUGCAUUUCUUUCUACCUGCUUCGCACGCUCGCCUGGUGAGCGCCCCGUUAUGAGCGACAUUACGGCGAAGCUUUGCUCAUUGCUAUACACUUCCAUCGCCCUUCAGGAUCUGCGUGCACUAGACAGCCUACCGCUCAUUUGGCGGUAUCUACCAAAUGACGAUAUUCCUGAUCUUCGUGCCGAAUUCGAGAAACUUGUGCCAUCUUCGCUCCAGUCUAUAUGCUGCGAUUGGUAUGGGACCGUGUGUCAAUCUAGACGCGGAGACAAGCGAGUGCUCAUUGCUCUGAGGGAAGCUGUUCCUGAGUUGCUCUACUGGAUUGCCGCAAUGGGAAUCAUGGGUAAAAUCGAUCAAGUUCUGACAGGUCUGUAUGAUCUAGGAAAAUGGGCUGUAGGUACUUGGGCUUCUUCGAGUGGCAUCGACUCAUACCUUUCCGUGAAGGGUGAUUCGCAACUCCAAGCAAUCCUCCAGUCGCUAUACAGGAUGGUAUCCCAGUCGCGCGCUGCAUUUAGUAGAUGUUCACUAUCCAUUCUCGCUGGUUCCCAUCCUUUUUUGCCGACAAGCUCCGCAUUGCAGUCCACAUUCCCUCAGUUAUUUUCCCGACAUUGUCGCGCGAUGGUCACCGGGAUGUCGUUCAAGUCGGAUGCAUGGUCUCCGCUAGUCUCAGUUCUGAGACACAACAGCCCCGUGUAUUCCGUAGCAUUGUCCUUCGACGGGCAUUACCUGGCCUCGGCUUCUGACGACAAGACGGUGCAGAUAUGGGAUGUUGCUUCGGGUACAACCGCUGCCGUGCUCAAUGGGCAUUCCGAUUCGGUGCAUUCGGUAGCAUUCUCAGCGGAUGGGCGUUGCUUGGCUUCCGCCUCCAAUGACAAGACAGUACAAAUAUGGGAUGUCGCGUCGAGGGUGACUUCUGCUACGCUACACGGACAUACCAACUGGAUGUGUUGUAUAGUAUUUUCUCCAAAUGGACGUCGCUUGGCGUCGGGCUCUGAUGUAUUGGUGCGGAUAUGGGACAUCGCCUCAGGGGCAGUCACUCUCCUCAGUGGACAUACCGAAGGCGUGAAGUCUGUAACAUUCUCGCUGGAUGGAUGUCGCUUGGCCUCAGCCUCUGAAGACAAGACAGUCCGGAUAUGGGAUGUUGCAUCAGAGACAAUCUCCACCGUUCUCAGUGGGCAUGUGGACUGGGUGAAUUCCGUAUCCUUCUCCCUAGAUGGAGGCCACUUGGCCACAAGCUCGUCUGAUAAUACGGUGCGGAUAUGGAAUGUUGCAUCAGGAACAACUUCCGCGGUUCUCACUGGGCACACGGACCCGGUGCACUCUGUGACCUUCUCCCCAGAUGGACAUCGGUUGGCCUCGAGCUCCUCUGACAAGACAGUACGGGUAUGGGAUGUAGCAUCACGGAAGGUUUGUGCUGUGCUCAGCGGGCAUACAGACUGGGUGCGUUCUGUGGCGUUCGCCUCUGACUGUCGUCGCCUGGCCUCGGCCUCUGACGAUAAGACAGUGAGGAUAUGGGAUGUUGCUUCGGUGGAAGAUAUUAACGUAGUCAGCGGACAUUCCGACACAGUACAUUCUGUCGCAAUCUCUCCAGAAGGGCGCCGCUUGGCCUCAGCCUCCGGCGAUGGGACGGUUCGGAUAUGGGAUGUUGCAUCAGGGACGGUUUCUGCGGUUCUCACUGGGCACGCUGACUGGGUACAUUUGGUGGCCUUCUCCCCAGAUGGAUGUCAUUUGGCUUCCGGCUCCUUUGACAAAACAACGCGGAUAUGGGAUAUUGCAUCAGGGACAACUUCCAAUGUGCUUGAUGGCCAUGCCGGCUUGGUGCGGUCCGUAUCAUUCUCCCCAGACGGACGUCAUUUAGCUUCGGUCUCCUCUGACGAGAAGGUACGAUUAUGGAAUAUUGGGACGGGCACCUGCUUGGGAGGGCAGUGGUUUCCCAACCCUACAUCAGUUUCGUUCUCAAAUGAUGGGGCUUGUUUGGCUGUUCAUUCCGACGUCGGAACGCAAUAUGUGCACUCCUUGGCACUGACAACGAUGACGGCGUCCGAAGCCCACCAGCACUGCCCUUCCAACACCGCUGCGCUGGGUGGCAGGUACACGUUGCAGCACCGCAGUCUCUGUGUGAAGCAUCAAGACGCAACACUUCAUAUUUGCUGGCUGCCUGACUUCUUUGAAGCGAGCACGACUGUCAAUUAUGAUAAAGACAAGGUGUGGAUCGGUGGACAGGGGGGUGAGAUUAUUUUUGUGGAUCUAUCGGAGUUUAAACUGCCCACGGUAUGA